UUCUUGGUAAUAUUUGUUUCACCAGCUAUCUACAGUAUAAUUACCAACUUCAACUGUGAUCAUGGUGCGGCCAAGUAUGAUUCUAUGGCAUCUUGAAGUUAACAGAAACAGUAUCAUUCCAAAAUUGCAUGGCUGUUCAUGGAGAACAUCGAACUAUUGUUUAAUGACAGUAGUUCAAGGAGAACUUAGAAUUUUCUUUCUUUUUCAGCAAAUACUAUUUGGUUUGUGCAAAAACAAUCAGCUAGAGCCUGCCGGGAACUCUCAAGAGUUGGGAGAGACUUAAAAGUUGAUAUGCGGCUCCUAUUAUUGGAAUUACCAUAACUAUGCAUCCAUCUGGCAAUAUUAUUCUUGGGGCAGUUUGUGUAAAAUGGUUGUGCUGAAUGAUUAUUUUACCGUCCAACCUGGAGGACAGCAUGCAGUUGAAUUACAAUUUCUCAGGGUCUUUUUUUAAGAUUUCUUGAAAGAUGUCUUGGUCAUAACUUGAAAUCCAUGUCUUGCAUUCACAAAUGCAUCAUUUGUGGUUCAUUGUAGAAAAGCCUGAUUGUACAAGAUACAAUGAUCGAACUUCUGGAAGGUUUAGUAAUUUCUUAUUGUGUAUUCUGCAUGUUGUCACAAUCCAACUUUGGAAAACAAUUGAAAUAGCUCGUUAAUUAACAUUAUUAUAUGUUCUUGAUAUGCAUUGCAGCAGUAAUCUCAACCUCUGGUUGUCUAGUUAUUGUUUGAAAAUUUGAUGGUGGGGUUAGCUCAUGAAGAAGCACAAAUUAUUAUUUGUCGUGCUCCGUGGUUCUCAACUACCAGUUGUUUUGUUUUAUUCAGGUGCUUGUCCAAGGAAUCACAGCAUAGUCAACCUUGUUGCAUGGAUAUACAAGAAUAUUGACAGCAAUUAAUUGCAUAAACUUGAGAUGGAGUAAAGAAGGUUAGCUCGCCAUUUCCCACGCCACCAAUACCACCAGUACCAAGGUUUCUUAGUCUGGGGAAACAAAUGGUUAAGUCUCUAGUUGCACCAAGUGUGACCAAGCAACAAAUUGCAGAUUAUUGGAGGCAGAGGCGCAUGAUAGAAGAAGAUCAUUUCUCUGCUGCUAUAAAGGCUGCGGCUCGUAUCCGGGCUCAGAAACUCUCGCAGGAGAAUGAUUACUUCCAAUUUGAAGCCUCCUUGGAGGAUGAUGAGAAUAUGGAGAACAAGAACAAGAUCAGUGUCAAAGCAGCUAGCAAAAAAGAUGAGAAUGAAGAGAGAAGAGUGGGAAUAAAGGACUGGCAAGUAGAAAAAUUUCCAGAAAGACCAAAAUUAUAUUCAGUUUUUCAAAUAGAAAUGAUGCUAUCAGGUGGACUAAGAGCAGACACGCAUACCUAAAUGAGCCAGUCAUGACAUCGGUGGACAAAACUCCGAGGAAGAACCCGGCUCGUCUUCCCCAAUACUUCUAGGACAUCUCAUGCAACGUGGGUAUCAAGUUAGCUGAUUUCUACUGUCCAUAAAUCUCUGUUCUUGGAUAUAGCAUGCAUGUUUACCGUGUGUUCCGAAUAAACUUCACAUAUACUUGUGCAUGACAUUGUCACUUGAGGAAGGCCUGUUGGAAUGGUUUCGGAACUGUAUCAUGUAAAGGUCUGAUGCUCUUUAUAUGAUGGAUAGAUAUCUGAUGUACUUCCUCUUAUUUUAACAGCAUCUGGUUUUCCUUGGAGAAAUCUUUGGCGGGGUGUUUGUUGUUCAUCGAUGUUAUUUUCUGCCAUGAUUCAGUUAUCUACAUUUAUAUUGUGUUCGGAUCGAUGGAAUUGAAAGUAGGAUUUCAAAUCUCUCGAAAAAAAUCCUUUUGAACAAAUUCCAUUACAAAUGAUUUUUAAUCUUUAAUUCUCAGGAUUUGAAGAAAGUAUUUGAAAAUAGAAUUACACGAGUUGGACUCUUGUUUGAUUUGAUCCAACUGAAGCUCGUAUGAGUUUGAUUAGGAUCAGUAAUCAAAUUAAAUUCAAACAUAUCUUUAGAAAUUCGAUAAAUAAUUCGAAUAAGUUUGAAAAUUAUGUAUUUGGCGCCACUCAAAUAAUUUAGGAUCCUACUUUUAUCCUUGUUUAAUCAGCAGUUCUAAUAAAUUGGGUAGUAAUAGUAUUAUUUCUGGUUUUCUCCUUGGAGCAUAAUUACGUAAAACCUCGUGUGCUUACAUUGAAAUUGCUGGAGUAUCUCUUGUGCGAAGAUGGUCAAAGAACAAGAGCUUUUUCGUGUGUUUAUUUUAUUGUAUUUUCAAAAUUAACUCCAUCUUGAAAGGAGAAUGUCAAUUUUUUUUUUUCUUUUGUUCAAGGUUCAUCU